AUGGAGGAAGAACUCAAGAACUUGAUCAAGGGUCCUCUUUUUCCACUUCCCCCAAAUCUCACCCGAUUCAUCUGCUUCACUUGCUUACCCAUCAAGCCUCGAGAAAACUCUACAUCUCAAAACCAGAUUCCCAAAUGGGCGUUCGCCAUUAAAGCUGUCAUCUUUGGUAUGUUGUUACAUACGUAUGAUUACAAACACCAUCUUUCACCGAUUGUGCUAUUGGUUCUCUAUUCUCUGCACAUCCACCUCUCUUCAAGACUUCUGGGUCGCCGCUGGAACCUCAUGGUCCCAUCAAUCCUCCGUCAAGCCAUUUACUUCCCAGUGCGGAAAAUCACCGAGCGGAAAAUGAACUCUGAUCAGGCUCUCUUCUUAGGGGUUUUCGCAGCGUUCCUCGUCUCUGGUGCUGUUCACGAGCUCAUAUUUUUCUAUUUUACCCGUGAUAUGCCUACAGGAGAGGUCACUUGGUUCUUUGUAUUACAUGGAGUUUGCACCGCGGCGGAAGUGACUGUGAAGAAGAGGCCGUUUGCGCGACGUUGGCGGAUAAGUCCGAUGCUUUCACGACUGCUCACUGUAGGGUUUGUAGUUGUGACUAGUGGUUGGUUGUUUUUCCCUCCUCUUUUAAGGAAUGGCAUGAUCAAGAGACUCGCUAAUGAAGUCUUGUUUUCCAUUGAGUUCGUCAAGCGCAAGUUUUUUCUUUUGGGUGAUUAA